AUGACGAAGGCUGACGUGCUGGAGGUGCCAUCCCCAGCUGACUUCCAUGUCCACCUGCGCCAGGGCGAGAUGAGCGAGCUGGUCACGCCGCAUGUCGCACUAGGCGGUAUGGACUUGGCGUAUGUCAUGCCGAACUUGGUCCCCCCCAUCAAGUCGGCAGACGAAGCGAUGGCGUACCAGGCCUCGCUGGAGAAACUCGCGCCAUCCACGCGCUUCCUUGUGACAAUGUACCUUUCCCCUGAACUCACCCCCGACGAAAUUCGCAAGGCUGCCAAGGCAGGUGUGCGUGGCGUGAAGAGCUACCCACGCGGCGUGACGACCAACAGCGAUGGCGGUAUUGAAGACUACGAAAUGUACUACCCCGUCUUUGCGGCGAUGCAGGAGAUGGAUAUGGUGCUGAACCUGCACGGUGAGCUGCCGAGUGACGCAGAGAAAGGGAUCUGUGUCCUCAACGCGGAACCGCUCUUCCUCGCGCACCUGGAAAAAAUUCAUCGUCAGUUCCCCCAGCUGCGCAUCGUGCUGGAGCACGCUACCACGCGCGCAGCUGUCGAGUGUGUUAAGCGUUGCGGCGAUACCGUGGCAUGCUCCAUCACGCCGCACCAUCUCCAGCUCAUUGUCGACGACUGGGCAGGCAAGCCCUUGCACUUUUGCAAGCCUGUCGCUAAAACGCCAGACGAUCGUGCAGCUUUGCGCGAGGUCAUCCGCGAGGGACAUCCACGCUUCUUCCUGGGCUCGGAUUCGGCGCCCCAUCCACUCGCAUCCAAGUACCCGUCGCCUUCCAGUCGGAAUAACUCCACAGAGGACCUCGUAAAGAACUGUGGCUGUGCGGCUGGCGUCUACACACAACCUGUCCUGCUACCCCUCUGCGCCACGCUCCUGGAGUCGUUCGGUGCCCUAGACAAGUUGGCCGGCUACGUGAGCGAAAAUGGCCGUCGUUUCUACAAGGAAUCGGCUACGCCCGGCCGUACGGUAAAGCUGCGCCGCAGUACUGAGGCCGAUGCCCAUGUGCCAGCGGCCUACGUACACCCAGCAUCGCAAAGCAAGGCGGAUGGCGAUGCGUCCAAGCUACAGGUAAUGCCUUUCAUGGCCGGUCAACGCCUCGGGUGGGUCAUCGAUGCAUAG